AUGAACUCCGCCGAACCUCUCCUCAACAGAACUCCGUUCCGUCUGUUGCUUCUCUCGAGCAUUGCGGUCGGCACCGCCGCUGCGCUGUACCUUCUCUUCCGGCCGCGAAAAUCCCGAAGUCGCUGGCGAGAACGAGCCUGCCUGUCGAGCGCCCUGGGAACCGGCGCCUCGGCAGGCGCAGCGGAGGCGGAAGACGACGAAGAAACGGAGACGGCGUGCAAGGAGACGCUCUUCGUCUACUUUGGCAGUCAGUCGGGCACCGCGGAGGCAUUUAGCGAGGAACUCGCCAGCGCCGUCGCCGAGGAAAUCCACGAGCUCCGAAACGUCGAGGUUGUCGACCUCGAAGAUUUCGAUCCCCACGCCUUCCUGGCACAAAAGUACAAAGUGCUCGUCGUGGCCACGUACGGAGAGGGCGAGCCUACAGACAAUGCGCGGACGUUCUUCGAAUGGCUGAAGGCGUACACGAAGAGUCUGAAAGAAGGCUCCGCGCCUUCCAGUCCCAUGCGGGGCUGGUGCGCAGUCUUCGGCCUGGGUAGCAGUGAGUACGAGCGGUUCAACCGCUCGGGUCGCCGUGCCUUCAAAAUGCUGGACUAUAUUGCGAAGCGCCAGCAGGAACUGCAUGCGCCUUCCAGGUCGCUCCUUCGCCUGAUGUGUCCUCUGGGCUUGGGCGACGGCGCAAAAGACUCCGACGUGGAUUUCGCGGACUGGAGACAAGAACACUUUGUGCCUGCCUUGAAGCAGAUUGUCAAGACGAACAGCUUGGUCAAAGGCGAGGCAACUGAGGCGGCACAAGGCGACUUCGCAUGCGCAACGCCUUCCUCGGGAGGGUUCGAGGAAACUGGCAGGCAAACGCGAGAAGAUUUUGCGCGCCGCCUUUUACAAGGAGACACCGCUACACGCACAGGUGGAAACCAGGAAGGGAACGAAAACGCCCAUGCGUCUGGACUCUCAACGCAAACGACGAGCAGUCCUGAACUUACAGCAGCUGCAGUCGACAGGCUCCAGAAGCGUGUGGAGGCGUGGGCGCGAAGGGGGACCGACGCCGCCUUCCGGCUCCGCGUGGGGCCUUCGCGCGAGGCGCUCUUGGCCGAACAGCGUCGCGUGGAAGACGAGGCGGCACGGAAGGCCGGCAAGCCGCCUGCGUCGCUUACGCAGGUUCCCAACGGCACGAGUGCGAAGGCGUUCUUCCACAUGCACGCGUUUCCGGUCAAACGCAUUCGACAACUGCGCCAGCAAAUCACUUUUUCCUCGUCUUGUGCGGGGACACUCUCGGCCUCGAGCCCUGAGGGCCGCACGCAGAAGCGCGAGGCGGACACGUGGAGACAAACCGCCCCGGAAGAAAGCACUGUCGAGGUCGAGUUGGAUCUCACCGAUCUCCCUUCUGUCCAAUAUCGGGCAGCGGACAACAUGUACUGCCUCCACAAAAGCGCCCCCGAGGAGAUCGCUUGGUGGCACACGUUCCUCGGGUUCAAAGACCAAGGCGUUGCGCUCUCCGACUACGUCCACUGGCUGCCGAGCCCAGACGCUCUGGCCUCGGCGCUGGCUUCCUCGUCUCUCACCUAUGGUGUCCCCUUUCCAACGCCUUGCACAGUUGAGGAGGCACUUGGCUGUUUCUGCAACUUGACAGGUCUCCACCCAAAGUUCGGUGCUUCCUGUCUGUCGCUGUGGAUUGACGACCCUGAAGAGCGAACCCAGUGGCUGCGACUCUUCUGUGACGAUGCCGCUGCUCAGCACGUGUACGAAGCGUGCGUAAAAGCGCCGCUUCUCUCUCUGCGCGAUCUUCUCCCCACUCUCGCCCCGUCGUUCAGGCGGCCGUGGGUUCCUCGUCUGGCGUCUUCCUCGCCGUCCGCGCGGUUGCCUUCCGUUUCCGUCUUUGCGGAGAACAGAACUGAGCCCGACGAGGAUCGGGAGCUCGGUGUGCUUCUCUCGCUUCUUGCCGCCGCACACGCACCCAGGGCGUACACCACUGCCUCCUCGCCCAAGGCUCUGGCGAGCGACGCCGGGAUGCGAUCUCUCUCCUUGUGCGUGGGCCUUGUGGCCGAGCAGAGAGAGGGCCUCGGCCGCACGACGGCGCGUCUAGAAGAAAACGGUUUCAAGAUCUUUGGAGCCUCCUCGGCAGUCCGGUCCGAGCGGAGAGGCCCCCUGUUUCAACAGGAAGGCCGCCCGUUCUUCGGAGCCUGUUCCUCGUUCAUCACGCAGCAGCUGCGGCCGGGCGACGAGGUGAAGGCGCUCAUCAAACCUUCAAGUUUCCGUCUCCCUGCAGACGUGAGAGUCCCCGUGAUCAUGGUUGGAGCGGGAACAGGCAUAGCUCCGUUCAUUGCGUUCCUCCGGGAGUUCGAGUGUAUCGGCGGCUGGGGCGCGCCCGUGGUUCUUUUUUUCGGUUGCCAAAGAGAGAACAAAGACUUCUUGUAUCGCGACGAACUGCUCCGGUACCGAGACCAGGCGAGCGCGAGAACGGCCUCGUCGCAAGGACAGAAGCACAUUCUCACCCACCUCUUUGUCGCCUUCUCCCGCGAACCUGGGAAACCCAAGACGUACGUCCAGGACCAGAUCGCCGAGCAGAAAGAUCUCGUGUUUCAGCUGAUUCAGCAAAAUGCAACUGUCUACAUCUGCGGUCGGACCGCCAUGGCAGCGGGCGUAACGGAAACUCUGGCGCGAGUAGCUGCCGAAAAAUUCGGGGGCGACGAGGCACGCGCUCGGGAUUUUGUGCACAACCUCCGGAAAAGUAAACGCAUCGUGGAGGAGGUCUGGGCGUAG